CCUCCCUCUGGUUGUCUAGCAGUUUAUGAACCUUCAAGGAGUCCUACAAAGACUCAGUGAGUACAAGAUGGCUUCCCAGCAGCUCUGUUUGAGGGUUAUUGGGUUGGCUGCAUUGCUGACACUUACAACUCUCGGAGACGUGUCCAGCGAGAACCGCCUGCAGAAGAUCUUAGUGAAAAGAAAUGUGGCAGAAGCUGAACAUGCUCCAUCCAAGUCUUCGGUUGCCAUCCCUUCGUCUAAGGCCCAAGAGUUCCUGGCCAAGCUGAGCAGAACAAAGAGGAACGUCUGGGAUCGCAGCAGGCCAGACGUCCAGCAGUGGAUUAUGCAGUUUAUGCAAAUGGGAUUUGAUGAACAGAGGCUGGAGGCCGACCUGCAGUACUGGAUGGACCACGCCCGCUCCCACGACCAGGGUCGACAGCAUCACUACGAUGAAAACGCCCCCAUCGGGCCAAGGUCUUCUUACAGGCACGGGGCAAAUGUCAACUACGACUACUAUUAACAUCGCCCACACACAAAUGUUUCCAGCUGUGAUGGAAGCUAAAGCAAAAAUGAUGGCUAUAAUGCCUGCCAACAUUUUCACAGGAGUCCUGCCAACUUAUUUUGAUUGCAUCCGUCAGUAAAUCCCUGCAAGUGUUUCUGUAUUCCUACAAUAAAUGAAACUGUUCAGCCUCAAGUUUGGGGCACUGGCUUUUAAUAGAAAUAAAGACGAGGUUUGUGCUGA